AUGAAGGAGAAAUCAAAGACAGCGGCGAGGACGCGACGCGAGAAGGAGAACAGCGAGUUUUACGAGCUCGCCAAAAUGUUGCCGUUACCGUCGGCCAUCACGUCCCAGCUGGACAAAGCGUCCGUCAUCCGACUGACCUGCAGUUACCUGAAGAUGCGCGCGCUGUUCCCGCAAGCUCCGGGGGAGGUGUGGGGUCAAGCGGGUCGAGUCAGAUCUUUAGGUAACACAAGCCGUGAUCUCGGAUCACAUUUACUGCAGGUAAUAAUCAGCAAGAUGCUCCAGACGUUAGACGGGUUUUUAUUUGUGGUCGCUGCAGAUGGAAAGAUCAUGUACAUUUCUGAGACGGCGUCCGUUCACUUGGGCCUCUCACAGGUAGAGUUGACCGGGAACAGUGUUUAUGAAUAUGUUCAUCCAGACGAUCAUGAUGAGAUGGCCGCGGUUCUCACGCCACAGCCGUCAUACCACCCUCACUUCGUUCAAGAGUAUGAAGUGGAGCAGUCGUUCUUCUUGAGAAUGAAAUGUGUUUUGGCUAAACGGAAUGCAGGACUGAUGAGUGGAGGAUACAAGGUCAUCCACUGCAGUGGGUAUCUAAAGGUCAAGCAGUUCAGUUUGGAUACGUCGCCGUUUGAUGGCUGUUAUCUGAACGUGUGUCUGGUCGCCAUGGGACACACGUUACCGCCCAGCGGCAUCACGGAGAUCAAGCUGCACAGCAACAUGUUCAUGUUCAGGGCCAGUCUGGAUAUGAAGCUCAUAUUUCUGGACUCAAGGGUUUCAGAGCUGACAGGAUAUGAACCACAGGACCUGAUUGAGAAAACCCUGUAUCAUCAUGUGCACUGCUGCGACACCACCCACCUGCGCUGCGCUCAUCACCUCUUACUAGUGAAAGGGCAGGUCACCACUAAGUAUUAUCGCUUCCUGUCCAAGCAUGGUGGAUGGGUUUGGGUCCAGAGUUACGCUACAAUUGUACACAACAGUCGCUCUUCUCGGCCACACUGCAUCGUCAGCGUCAAUUAUGUCCUCACGGAUACGGAAUAUAAGGGGAUGGUGCUGUCUUUGGACCAGUUGAAUCCCAGUAAACCUGCAUUCCCGUACGGUAACCAUAGUGACCGAGAGGAGCGACCGAAGGGCAAACCGAAAGUGUCAAACGCCAGGAGUAAAAUCUUGGUUUCUCCUUAUCCACAGCAAUUCUCAGCCUUCCACCGUGAUCACUCAGAAACUGACCAUGAUGGCCAAUGGGGUGGCAGCCCUCUGUCAGAUUCCGCCUCUCCGCAGCGAUUGGAUCAGAGCGAGGCGUCAGAAACCGUUUGCACUUACAGACAAAUUCCCAAGUCCAGUUCGCUGUGUUACAGCCUUCCUCAGGGUGAAAUGACACACGGCUGUCAGCAAACACACACACACACUGCUUUGUGUGACCCACAUCCCGCUCGCGGUCAGGGCGGGCGAUACGUCUUGGGCAUACUGGAGCAGAGCGGGCGAGAGUGCUGGUGGGAUGCCAUGCGUUCUGUUUCGGCUCUUACAAAAGCAACACAACAAAACAGAAGAGAGUUUGACGUCCGAACAUGCCAUCAUUCUCACGCUCUCUGGGACGACAAGCAAAUGGUUGGUUCUCCAGAAGAAGGGUCAUUGGGUGAUUCUGGAGACAGUUGCCAUGACAACGGGACGUUUCACGCGAGUCCGUGGGAGUCCAAUAAGAUUAAAGUGGAGGACGGCAGAAUGACGGACCGCCACUCUGCCGUCCUCUUCUCCUCUGCUCCCGGUUCCCAUGAUGACAAGGAUGGAAGCCCCGCCUCUCUCUCUGGUCUGAGCAGUCCGGGGUCAGAGAGACUGUCUCACGAGUACCAGGGGCCGCUGUCGGUCUCUCCACCCAGCCUGGAGCCUCUCAAUGGGGCAGAAAGCUUGAGGGGUUUUCCCGCUCAUUAUGAUGUGAACUCACAUGUACAGUUACAGACAAACGCCACGCACGCCCACAACGGCACAUCAGUCAUCAUCAGCAACGGCAGCUGACUGGAACACAGGGAAAACUGUUCGGAAUUGCAUACGACAAUUUUGUAUAUGCACGGAAUACCCAAAUGACCUCCUACAUUUACUACCGCUGCCAAAAGUUACAACAUUUCUACACAAAACUGCAUUUAAAAUGAAAAAUGACCAUUUUUAGUUGCACAAUGGUAAUGAUGAGGUCAUGUGGCAACAAUGUUGCAAACUUCUGUUUGGAAUGUUUAGAACGGAAUAAUGUUUCACUUAAUAUUUAACAUAAGAACUCGUGUUUCUAUGGCAACAGGAAGCUUUUCAUCUGUUCUGUUUAAAACAUGUUUCGAUGUGUUUAAUUACACUCUUCUGAUAUGUUCGGUUUAUUAUUAGCAGUAAUAUGAGAGUGAAUCUCACUGUCAAGAACCACAAAAUCAAAAAUUAUACUUAAAAAAUAUAUAUAGCAUAUUAUUAAGACUAUCAAUAAUGUUCAAUUGUGACAUACCUGUAAUUUCCAUAUUUAUGAAAAUGGCAAUUUUGACCGGGUGGAAUUCCCGCUUAUAAAUCAUUUAUAACAGGAUGGUUUUCAUCUAAAGUCGUUAAUAAGUUCUUAAUUGUAUAUUGAACUCCAGUAAAAUCAGUGACACGUGUGAAGACGUCUUUAUUAUCAACACUUCUGUGAAAUUUCAUCUAAAAAUAACAAAAUAUACAAUUUAUAUGAACAUGUGAGAUUCAUUGAGAGCGUAUUGAACUAAACUUCAUCAAAUCAAAUUAUGAUUUUAAUAUUAAUCUGUUUGAAGUGUUGAUGUGAGUUACUGUGAACCAAAUCUGGCCACGCCCCCUUUAGACAGAAGUACCUUUCUUUGUAUAUAUGUGUGUGUGUGUGUGA